CCCGGAUGAAUGACGUGCCCGCGCUGCUGGCAGCAAUUGAGAAGCAUGUGGGGAUAGCAGCAACAAGCAGCAGCAGCAGCAGCAGCGCCGGCAGCAGCAGCAACAUGCUGCAGCAGAUGCAGCGGAAGCUUGGGGCGCUUUCGGCCGUCUCUAGAGCUCGUGGUGGCUGCUUGACCUUCGCCUUGCGCGAAGACUUUCUGGACACGGUGGCUGCUGCUGCUGGCUCGGCCCUUGCUUCGCAGCUGCCGCUGCUGCUGCAGCGGCUGCAGCAGCUGCUGCAGCACACCACAACGGCUUUGAUGCACGGGCUUCAGCAGCAGCUGCAGCAGCUGCAGCAGCAGCAACAGCAGCAGCUUGGAAGGAGCUUCUCUACAUUAGCUAUCAAUGCUGCUGCAGCACAGCUGGUGAUGGGCGCCUUCUUGCGCGGAGUGCAGCAGCAACCGCAGCAGCAGCAGGAGCUGCUGCUGCCGCGGCUUCUCGAGGGAGUUUCAGCAGCAACAGCUCCAAUCAUUGAUUUGCAGCCGCUGCUGCAUCGGCUAGCGGCAGCAGAACAGCAGCAGCAGCAGCAGCAGCUGUUGCAGCUGCUCCUUCGAGGCCGUGAUGCGCUGCGCCUUUCUGUGUGUCUGCUGCUGCGCCAUGUUCGCUCAUUUGCUGCUCCCUAUUUUGCUGCAGAGGCGCCGCAAGCUGCUGCGGCUGCUGCUGCUGCGCUGCCGGCAGCUUCGAGUGCUGCUGCUCUUUCGGAAGCAGUCCUUGCCGUGUCCCAGGCGACGCGGGCUAUCCAGCAGCAGGAGCAGCAGCACAAGCAGCAGCAGCAGCAGCAGCAGCUUCCUGUCAGCGGCAGACUUGCAGAUGCAGACGCGGAGCAGCAGCAAAGGCUCUUUGAAAUGCACCAGCAGCAGCAGCUGCUGCAGCUGCAGCAGAGCCGAGCCUUGCAGCGGUUGGAACAGCUGUUGCUGCUGGACGUGCUGCAGGAUUCUGCGGCACGGCAGCAGCAGCAGCAGCAGGGGGAUGAUUACAGAGUGGAGACAGCGUCUGCUGCCAGUAAAGCAGCAGUGCUGCUGCUGCUGCUGCAGCACGAGGUGGGUCUGCAGCAGAUGAAGAAGGCAACAGCCCGCUUGCUGCUGCGAUCUCUGCACCAGUGCUGCCGCUGCAGCAGGAAAACAGACCUGCAUCCAGCAGCAGGCAAACCAGCAGCAGCAGCAGCAGCAGAUGCGCGGUGGCUGCAGCCACACUUCCCGCUGCUCUUCCGCCUCAUGGCUCACGUCGCAGCAGCAGCAAAAGAGUCUAGCUGCUGCUGCGAAGUCUGUGGGGAGCCAAUGAGCUGCUGCAUUCUUACAGGGGCUGCCAAUUACUGCAUGCAGGACCCCCUGCCAGCAGCAGCAGCAGCAGCCGCAGCAGCAGUUGGCAGCGCUGGAGCAGCAGGAACGGCAGCUGCUGCUGCAGCUGCUGCGCAGCACGUUGUGGGGCAGUGGGCGCUGCCACCUGAGCUGCUGGAGGAGAGGCACGCAGCCCCGCUGCUGCUGCGCCGUUGUUCCGAUUUGCUGCAGUCAGCUGCUGCUGCUGCUGCUACUGCUGCUAACUGCCCAGAAGCAGCAGCCCCAGCAGCAGCAGAAGACGCUUCAAGCCCCCGCCAGAAGAAGCGACGGCGCUGCAUAGAGGACGAGGCACCAACAACAUCAGCAGCAACAGCAGCAGCAGCUGCUGCUGCUGCGCUGCAGGAAAUCAGCCGCGGGCUUCUGCGGUCUGUACCCGCAGAAGUUUGUGCAUGCAGCGGGCCGGAGGCGACGCAGCAGCUUGCUUCUGCUUUAUGGGCGGCGCUGCAUUCCGUGACGCGCUUGCUGCAGCAGCAGCAGCAGCAGCAGCAAGUGGUGAGGGUGCAGCACGCCUUCGUUCUCGAUGCUGCUGCUUCUCUCAUUAAGGCACUGAGGCGUGUCUGCUGCUGCGGUGCUGCUGCAGCAGCAGGCAUGUGGGCAGCUGCAUGCAUUCCAAAGGGCUGGGGGCUGCAGCAGGUGCUGGAGCCGCUGGCUGUUGCUGCAGCAGCAGCAGAAGGAAGCAGCAGCAACAGCAGCAGCAGCGAGGGGAGCCCAGUGAAUAAUUUAGUAGCAGCAGCAGAAGCAACAGCUGAUAUACUGUGGGCUGCCGCCGGAAAUGAUGCAGCAGAGGGAGGUAUGGGCGCUGCUGCUGCAGUUGCUGCUGCUGCUGACUUGCUGCUGCAGCUUCCUGCGUCAGAAGCCUCGGAGCAACAGCAGCAAAAGCUGCUGCUCAAGAAGCUGCAGAAGGCUCUUCGGCAGCCUGAUGCAGCAGUGCUGGCUACACGCUGCGCUGCAGCAGCAGAAGAGCUUGCUGCUGCUGUUGCGCUUGCCAUCAGUAGCAACGGGGGCAAAGCACUGCAGGAUCAGCAGCAGCAGCAGCAGCAGCAGUUGCUGCUGCUGCUGACAAUUUUCAAGACGCUUUAUGCGUCAGCAAUUUCUUGGGUUCGGCCCAUCGUGCUACAGAGCAAGCAGCAGAACGCAGAGCAGCAGCAGCCUCAGCAGCAGCAGCAACAGCAGCAGCAAGACGUGCUGCAGGAACUCGCAGAAUUGCUGCCCCCCAACUCUUCGCGAUCGCAGCUAGUGAUUAUUGCUGCUGCUGCUGCUGCUGCUCUUGACGAGCGCCUAACGGCGGCCUCUGUCCUCGGUGCAGCAGCAGCAGCAACAGCAACGGCAACGCCAACAGCAGCAGCAGCAGCAGCAGCAGAUGCUGCAGCUGAUUCGAACUGUUCGUGGCCGCACUUAGCUGCUUGUACUGUGGAGAUGCUGGUUCAGCAGCAGUCCCUGGGGGCCUGGCUGCUCGAGCGCAGAGCAGCAGCAGCAGCAACAGCAGCAGCAGCAGCAGCACACGACUCUGAGGAGGCUGAGCAGCAGAAGCAACAAGAACGGCAGCAGCAGCAAAAUCUGCGGCAGCAUCGUGCUGCAAUAUCUGCCGCCGUUGUGUACCGUUGCAGUGUACGUACACCUCGGCCCUUGCUGCUGCUGCAGCCCUCAGCAUUUGCUGUCAAGCCAAAGAAGCUGCUGCUGCUGCUAAACAGUCUGCUGCGCCUUGCGCCUCUAGAGCAGCGGAGGCCGCAGCCAGUUGCUGCUGCUGCUGCUACUGCUGCUGCUGCUGCUGACUUUGCUGCUGCUCCCGCGGGGACUGCGGGGAGACUGAGGCUCCGCAAAAGCUGCAUGCGUCUUUUGCUGCUGCUGUGCUCUCACUGGAGCGGCGCCAUGAAGCACUUGGCCUCCUCAGAGCGGCAGCAGCAGCAGCAGCAGCAGCAGCAGCAGGGGGAGGAGCAACAGGAGCAGCAGGAGCAGCAGCAAAAGCAGCACUGCGGCGAUCUCAGCGUGUGCAGGUCCCUGGUGUCAAAGCUGACAGAUCUGCUGCUGCAGAUCACGAAAGAAGAAUUGAGGCAGCACGUUGUUGCUGCAGUUGCUGCUGCAUCUCGUGCUGCUGCUGCGGCUGCUGCUGCAGCUCCGAGCAGCCCGCAGCAGCAGCUCCAGCCAGACACAGGCCCCGCAUCUGCUGCAGGUCUAUGGCCGCAAUCGCUGCAGCAGCUGCUGACUGUUGUGCUGCAGCAGGAGCAGCAGAAAGGCAGCUACGAGUUCUGCUGCCCUCAGCUGCCAGCUGACGCCUGCUGGGGCGCGCUGGUGGUUGGCUUGCCGGCCUCUUUGGUGACAGCAGCAUUUUCCCAGCUGGCAGCAACGCUGGUCGUCGCCCUAGAGUCUUUAAGCCAGCAGCAGCAGCAGCAGCAGCAGCAGGCAGAGGACUCAGCUCUCAUUGCUGCUGCCUGCGCACAGGCCAUGUGGGGUCUUGUGCUGCAGCGCACAGAACUGACGCGCUGCCUGCGCAGAGAAAAUGCCAGCAGCGGUUUGCUGCAGCAGACCCUGCUGGCUGCUGCUCAGCUGCUGCUGCAGCUGCUGCUCGCAGCGCAGACAGCAGCAGCACGCCCGCCUUCGACCCUCUCGCGCCUCUCCCCGAGGCAGCAGCAGCAGCAGCAGCAGCGGAUGUCGUGUCUGCUGGGCUGGUGCUGCUCGCGCAGCGCGCAAUUUUUAGUUGAGACAUUUCGCUGCUGCUGCCUUCUGGCUGGCAGCAAACGCAGCACAGAAAAAGGCCAAGAGGGCCCCGGGGGGGCCCUCGGGGGGCCCCAAAGGCAGCAGCAGCAGCAGCAGCAGCAGCAGGAGUUCGUGGCUGAUGUCAUGAUGGAGUUUGCGAGAGGAGCCAUCGACUUCGCGGACAGAGAAGAAUCUCCAGACACUCCCCACUGCAUGCAGCAGCACCAGCAGCAGCACCAAGUGCAGCACCAGCAGCAGCAGCAGCAGCAGCAGUACCAGAGCCCGCUGUCCCAGAUUGCUGCCCGAGCUGGGCUUAGGGCCUGCAGUGUUGUUCUUGUGUCUCUGUGGCGGUCCCACGACUUUGCUCCGCUGCAGCGUCAGCAGCAAACGCUGCUGCUGCUGCUGCUGCGGCUGCUGCAGCUUCUCCAAAGGCUGCAGCACAGUCGGGUGCUAGAAGAUGCCUUGGAGGCUCUGGGCCGCGUGGGGGCUUCGGUCGCCUGCCGCAGCAGCAGCAGCAAACGCAUGCUGCUGUUCCUAGCUGCUGAAGUUGUGAACACGAGGCAGCAGCUGCUGCAAAGCCCAGCGAGAACAGCGACAGCAGCAGCAGCAGCAGGCGAAGCUCGCUCUGCACCAGGCCAGAAGCAGCGGCAGCAGCUGCUGAGUUCGCGUUUGCUGCUGCUUUCUUUCGAGCUGCUGGCUGGUGCUGCUGCAGCAGAAGACGGCGGCCAAGCUGUAGCUGAGGUGUCUUGCCACCUCAAAGAGGGGCCUCGUGCUGCUCUUCUGAGUGUCUUCGACGAAUUCCGCGAACACCACCUCUACAAAGGCAGGGCAUAA